AUGAGUACCAUCCAAAAUUUGAAGAAUUUCAUACGUCAUGGGAAACAGGCCCGGCUGGUGACCCCCCAUGCCGAGCCAACCACCAAUGUUUCUCCCAUACAUGCCGAACACCAACGUCAACCUCAAGGCUCCUACCCUCCUGCUGCGGGGAACCUAGAUGCCAUUGACAGCAGGUUGGGCAACGGUCAGGCCCAGGCCCCUCAAAAGUCACCCGCGGACUCCCAGACAAAACGAGUUCGGGAGCUUGAAAUCGAACAGAUUGUGGCUGAGGAGAGAAGCCAACGGAACAAAAUGCCCAAGUACCCGGGACUGGAGCGCUGGAUCCUGAUGGACAAGAUGGGGGACGGCGCCUUCAGUAACGUCUAUCGCGCUAAAGACACCACAGGAGAGUACGGCGAAGUAGCGAUCAAAGUCGUCCGAAAGUUUGAAAUGAAUAGCAACCAGCGCGCCAACAUCUUGAAAGAAGUCCAAAUUAUGCGCCAAAUAGACCACCCGAACAUCGUCAAACUCGUGUCAUUUUCUGAAUCCCGCCAGUACUACUAUAUCAUUCUGGAACUCUGCCCAGGCGGCGAGCUGUUCCAUCAGAUCGUACGGUUAACCUACUUCAGCGAGGAUCUGAGUCGUCAUGUCAUCACCCAGGUCGCAAAAGCAAUUGAGUAUUUGCACGAGACCUCCGGCGUCGUUCAUCGUGAUAUCAAGCCAGAAAAUCUUCUGUUCUAUCCGAUUCCGUUUGUUCCAAGCAAGGACCCCAAACCUGUCCAACCGGGUGAUGAGGACAAAGUCGAUGAAGGGGAGUUCAUCCCCGGAAAGGGUUCGGGCGGGAUCGGUGUCAUUAAAAUUGCCGAUUUCGGUCUCUCCAAGGUCAUCUGGGACAGCCAGACGAUGACUCCUUGUGGAACCGUCGGUUACACGGCCCCUGAAAUCGUCAAGGAUGAGAGAUACUCGAAGAGUGUCGACAUGUGGGCUUUGGGCUGUGUGCUGUACACUCUCCUCUGCGGCUUCCCUCCCUUCUACGACGAGAGCAUCCAAGUCCUCACGGAGAAGGUGGCUCGAGGCCAGUAUACCUUCUUGUCGCCGUGGUGGGAUGACAUCUCGAAGUCGGCAAAGGAUCUGAUCUCUCAUCUCCUAACGGUAGACCCUGACCAACGAUACUCGAUCAAAGAAUUCUUGGCCCACCCCUGGAUUCGUGGAAGCGACGAGGAGACCAUGGCGGCCACCGACGCUCCUCCACUGACCACACCGCUACCCUCACGCCAACAACCUUUGGAUGCCCUUGCUGCGGACCAGGCACCGUACGCCCCGGCUAGCGCUCGACUUUCGGAUCAGCCCUCCGCCGGUUUGGAACGUCCUAUGGACUUCCGAUCGCCUGGAGCGAUCAACUUGCGCGAAGUCUUCGAUGUGGGCUAUGCCGUCCACCGGCAAGAAGAAGAAAGCAAGCGGCUAAAGACAUAUCGCGCCCGGGGGGCCAACCCCACCACCGGAUUCCGGUCGGCUCUGAACCCCCUCAAUGAGGACUUCGAUGAGGAACCGAACCCGCCAGUCACCUACCAGCCCAUUCAUCAGGAUGAGUAUGCGGCGCCGAAGGUCCACAAGGGCUCGCAUCAGGCUCGGGAGGUGGCCGCGAUGGAGGCCAAAUUACGAUCUACGAAUCUGGGCGCUCACCCGAGCGCCGCUGCCCAAGCACGACAGCCGCAGCAGGGCUACGGUACACAUAGUGCUAAGGUGGCGGCGGCAGCGAAGCAGAAUAUUGCUCGGUCCUCGCGGCAACCGUUCGAACUUAGUCUGGAUAAUGCAACAUUGUUAGAGAGGAGAGGGAGACGGCACCAGGUUGUCUAA